AUGGAUGUAAAUUCGAUUUGUUUUUUGCCACCACCGAAGAAAAUUCCCGAAUUUCCAACAUCCAAUUCUUCAAUCGAACAUGUUCAUAGCUUACCAUCACCACCGAUUAUUGAACCCUCAAACGAAAAAGGGGGUCCACAUCUUCCACCAUUAACAUCGAUUCUGAAAGAUACGACCAUUCCCUUACCUCCUUCGAUACAAAUCCCAAAGCCGCGGCAAGUUCUGAAUCCUGCCGCUCAUAACGCAUCGAUCACUCUUAACCAACAUAAUAAUUUGUUACAAAGCUCCACUUCGAUGGAAUCUUUAAAUAAAAAUGAAAACUAUCCUGUUUUCCAUGAGCAAGUUUCAGCUCGUAAACCAUCUACUUAUCAUGAAUCAAGUCAAGGACCGAUGAGAAGAUCUUCGUAUGAUAUUUCUCCUCUUCCUUCGAGUUCAAAUUCUUAUGGCUCACCGGCGCCAGUUGUUCCGCAACGGCAAGUAUGGCAGCCUGUCGAGCAUCGACAUCCUUAUUAUUAUCAACAACCUUUGCCACCUUCUGCUCACUCGUUACCACCACCACCGUACUUGUAUGACCAACGACAGGGGACGCGAAUUGGUCAUGGUCUUCUUGCUCUGCCGCAACAUUCUAAUUAUCCUCAAUACGGUGGUUCUUGCUUAAGUAGAGAUGAUUCAGAAUCUCCUUACAUUCAAACCACUGAGCCACCUUUUGUCAAAUUGGGAAAGGUCGUUGACCAUUGUAGCCAAAUUUCUCAAUUUGCUUCUCAGUAUCGUGAUGUGCGCCUUAACCAAGGUUCAUGGAAUUCUGUUAUGUUUCAAAUUAAUGAAACUCAAUUGACAAAUAUAAUAAAUAGAGCUUACGAUGUACUAAAUAUUCUAAAUGGGUUAAAGAAUGAAGUUACCUCGAGAAAUUCUGAU